ACCGUUCGAGGGCGAGAUGGAGAGUAGCGGAAAUGAGACAUCCAGAUUGGACUGUUGUGAAAAACUGGUUGGUGAUUAGCCGAGCUCGUGGGUGGGUCUAUGCUCGUGAUAUCAUGGUGUCGUCCUCGAUGACAUACAAGUCAACGAGUCAUGGUCUCAGUUUUGGGCUUCGAACGGCAAGCAAAAUGAAAUUGAU